AUGAUGGCUCUCAGUGAAGCAAACAUCGUAGCCGUUGAGCGUAUCAAAGAGUACCAUGAAAUAAAACAAGAGGCGCCGUGGACAUCAGACUAUCCUCUCAUUGAUGCGUGGCCAUAUGAAGGCGAAAUAGAGUUUCGCGGAUUCAGUGUUCGUUAUGGACAAGAUAAAAAUUGUGCUGUUAGAAAUGCUACUUUUACGAUCAAAGGUGGCGAAAAGGUUGCCAUAGUGGGACGCACCGGGUCCGGUAAAUCAUCUAUCGCCAAAGGCUUGCUUCGGUUAGUAGAGAAAACUGAGGGUGAUGUGUUCAUAGACGGUGUGAACAUCGCAGAACUGGGUUUACACGAGCUCAGAUCAAGAAUUACAAUUAUUCCACAGGACCCAGUCCUAUUUUCUUCCACUCUUCGAUUCAAUGUCGAUCCCUUCAAUCAGUUCGCCGAUAGCGACAUUUGGGUAGCUCUUGAGGCUUGCCAAUUGAAAGAGAUGGUGACAAAGCAAAAAGAUGGCCUUUAUGCAGAGAUCGAGGAAGGCGGAAAGAACAUUAGGUAUCAAAAGCUUAGCUUUUGCACAGCAGGUAAAAUGAGCAUAAACAAAACUUCGAGUUGUGCUACAAUAAACAUCUGCGCUCACAAAGUUCAAGCAAUUAUAUCUGCUUAA